AUGCAGAAGUCCUGGACACUGCCGGCGGAGGGGUUCGAGGCGCUCUGCGACUUGGAAGACUCCGUGGCACCGGGGCUUCCAGCCCUAGCCAGAGAGAUGGCGCGAGACAGCAACUGCGUGGCAAACGAGAGUGGCGGGGCCACAAGGCCCUUAGCCGAGGAGAUUUCCCUCCGAAUCAGCGGCGACAACGAGGACCGGCAGAGCUACGUGGUGAUCCCACGAGUGGCAGGCAUAGUCUUUGCCCGGCUAGGCCCCGCAGAACCCCGUGCUGCCACCGGGGGUCGCGCUAGCGAUGUCGGAAGCAGUGGCCACGCUUGCGUUCGAGCGUCGGCAGUGAUGGCUCGACUUGAGCGAGAAGGCGGCGGCACCGGCGCGAUGGCUGUGCGGCACCGGUUUGUCCUCGAGGAGAUGGAUGUGUUUCGCGGGGACGAUGAUUUCCGGGACUGCAGUGAAGCUGUUAAUACCGAGAGAGCAAGUGCAAAGAAAAUCACAAGACGCUAUCUAUCUCUGCCGGUGGCUUACGCCGAUCUGCUGGAGGAGGCCACUUCGCCGUCGCCCAGCCCAGAGGGGAAAUUUGUUUCUUCUAGAAUCUGGAGCCGAUGGCGCCGGGGGAGUAAGUACCGGGCAGGCGUGAAUCAAGUCGUCCCUGACUUUGGAGAAGACACAGGAUUCGAAGGCGAGCGGGGUAAACGCCUGCUCGGCCCCGAGCAGCCUGUACGGGAAGACAGACGCGCCGCAGGCUCAAGGAAACCCAGCCAACACGAUCCGCCAUCUACCACGGCGCCACACGCCGGGGGGAUCAGCAGUCGCUGUCAGCCCGAGAAACCACAAGAGCAUGCUCUCACCGUACGUGGGGUGCAAGCGGCGUCGUUGGACCAGGCAAUACGGUGGGCUUCGACGCGAGACGUCGUCUGGGCGGUGUUAGCCGCGGCUUGCCGACCGGAGGACGGCGGUUGCCGCACGGCGGCUGAGACCCGAGGAGACGCGGCACAGACGACAGCGGUCUGUGCCGCAGGUGCCGCUUGUGCCCUGCUGGCCAGGUUGUUCGGGAACGGUACACCAGACCGAGGGACAGCCAGAAUCAGUGUCAAGGAGGCGCCGAUUGUUCUCGGUCUGUGGUGGGAAGGUUUCUGCGCGACAGCGGUGCCAUUUUGUGGCGACGACGGCGGGGGGCAGGGUACCUUGCCCCUCCUGCGAGAGGCUCCCAGAUUGCUCCUCGAAGGGAUGCUGGAAAUCCCCGCGGUAGAGGCGGCCUUUCUCGAGCGAGGCUUGGCACGACAUCUGGCGGACGUGUUGCGCGUCGCCUUGGUACGGAUGAAAUCCGCUUGGGAAGAGGAGGAGUUGAGCGAUCAUCAGAGCACGGGCUAUCCGUGCACCGGGAACGCGUCUCCGUGCGGAAUGACCAAGCUCCCGGACGGUGAUGCCAGUGCUUCCCGCCCUUCCCACGGCACCAUCGGGGCGAUUAUCCGACCAACAACAGCACAAGGUGGUGCAUCCCUCUCCCCUGAAGCGGACCCUCGUGAUCAGCGACUUCCGUGGUGGCUAAUCUUCAACCAAAGGAGGGGGAAAGUAUGUGAUAGAUCUUCUGAUCAUGCCUUCGAGGACGCGCUCAAAACCGGUGGUGGUAGCGCCGACGGGGAUAGCACCGGGAUGAGCUGCAGGACGGUGUCGCGCGACAGCAAGGGAGAAAGAAUGAGCCGUGGACCUGACACCAGCCGAAAAGACGACCCCAACGACGGCCUUCAUGUCGCUGCCGGCAACGACAACCUCGGCUCGGAAUCCGUGCCGACUCCCUCCGUAUCAGCGCACCGGGAGAGGGAGGGGAUAGUGCAGCUGAGGACAGGACACGGCGCUGAUGUUGCCUACCGGGAGCGAAUUUCCCCGCCGAUGCUACGGCUCGACGCCCUGGACUCGAUUCUCGCCACCAAAGAGUGGGGGUCUCCACGGGGUAGUUCGCAGCGUGCGGCGGUAACCUUGUCCACGGCUUCGACUCGGGCGGCGCCGGAACAUCUGCCUACGUUCUUGAGCGCACGGGGGCCAACAAGCCGGGCCUCCGCUCGCCAUGGCAGCGGGCGCUCCUUGCGCACUGGUCGAACAACCCAGAGAGACUGGACAGCCUCGACAGGGUGUUCGACCGUUCGAAGUUUUGCACCUACCGUCGCGACUGAUGUGGAUGCGGCGGCGUCUCGCCCGCUGCCUCUGCCGGUGCCCCAGCCUUUGCUGUUGAAUGACGGGAACCCUGUUCGCGGUGGCGACGAUCGUGGCGGAGAAGAGGUGCGUUGUGGAGGAAGUGAUGGUGGCGGUGAUGGUGAACGUCGUGGCUCUAGUGGAGGUGAAAGGUGUUUGGGAGGUGGUGUGGUGGUAGGGUCGAGGGCGCCUAGCGGUGGUGGCAGUAUUCCAUCGGCGGUGGAGCAAGCAUCGGGUAAAACUGGCCGAUCCGGCAUCGUUGAGGAUGAUGAUGGCAAUCUCCUUCACAAUGCUGACACGGACGACACGGUCGUGCCGGCGACGCAUGGUGGAAGAUACACCAGUGUCAGGAAAGAAACGCCUGGCUUAUCUCUCGAGGAACUCCCGGCGACGAGAACGGCGGCAGAAGUUACAAGUGCGCCCGUCGAUCGAGAUAGCCCAUGUAUUUCCGGCGAGGCUUUCGCCCGGGUUUCCCCCCGCGCGUCACCGGCCUCGCCCAAAGAGUCUCCCGCUGGGUACGCCGAGCACAGCUUAAAGUCGGGAGGUGGAAAUCUGGCGUUAUCGCCUCCUGUGGUUGACGCCGGUCGCGGAUACUCUACAAGGCACAGCCCUCAUCAAGCACCAAAAAAUGGCACCCUUGACCAGGUCGACGGCGCCCCGGCCUGUAGACCGGGAUCCACUCCAUCUGCUAACGGCACCGCCGGCGACACUUUCGAGGGGCCUUUCGACGGCAUCCUUUCGCAGAACCACCCACUGGCUGUUGAGAACUCGGGUAGUAUGGACCAUGGGAGCCUGCGCGCGCUGCCGACUUAUCGCUCCUCGGCGGCCUUGGUUAUCGAUUUGGCUCGCGAUUCGGCACCGGUAGUUGCACCGCUUUCUUCGCCGUCACCGACGCGGCAGAAGCGCCAGGCCACUACACAUGUGUUCGGGGCGGCGGUUGCGAUCGCGAAGAUGUUGCUGUCCCUUCUCCCGUCGACAUCGGCCGAGCAUGAUCCCGGAGGCAGCCUUGUUGCCGCUCUGGAAGUUCUCUCGUUUGUAGGGGCGUUGUCGUGGACCGACGGCAACUCUUGGGCAACGGCACCUGUGCCUACCACCUGUGGCAGCAAGCCGGCGGUGGUGGGCCACGCCAGGAGGGUCGACGCCGGUCCUCACGAUACCCGGCGUGAGCCCUCAGUUUGGCCGCUUGAGCUAGACAACGUCGAGAUCGCGCUGCUGGCACGAGCGGGAGAGGUCCACCUGGACCGCCGGUUAUCGGUGCUACGGCUACAGUGUCAACGAACUGGCCACGACGAGUGUGGCGAGGAGAUGGCAUCCCAGUCACACCGAAGCCAUGUGCACAAGGCGUGCAGGCUGGGCUUGGAGUGCCGGUGGAUGACCCGUUUGCUCCUCCGGAGGGUACUCGCCGCUGGUGCCUUCAACAGCGAGUGGCGGUCCGUGCUUUCCGCGGAACAAACUGUCGAUGCCUUACGGUUUUGCGGCCGCGCCUUCGAGAUGAUACAGCGUGGCCUCCGCUGUACAUGUUCUUCGGGUGCGAGCUACGAUAGCGGGCGGUCCGACGACAAACACGAGGCUCAGGAAGAUUCUCCAGAGGUGGCACAAAGAUGCAGUGGGCACGCGGAAGAGUCGCUGCUGCUAACCGAGCCGGCCGCUGUUGACCUGGCCAGGUUGGUUGUUGUCCUUGUGAGGCAACCGGUAGCUUGGGGCGAGAACCCGGACUGGGCGGCACUCACGCUCGGCUCGGCUGCUUCUCGUCGUGAUGGUGAAGUCGCGAUCGUCCCGGUGCUAGUGGAGCUUCUUAACCAGUUGAUAUCGGUGACACCUACCGAAGACGGAGAUGCCUCACAGGGGGUGGGGGCCGAAGUAGGACAACACUGGCGACAUGCACAUGGUGGUCGCACCCUGCUUGAAGGGGCUCAAGCCCUGGAAAGAAGACUGACUGGGGGUGGAAAUGUUUUGGACGAGCUACUGUUUUCUCUGCUCGGCAGUUCUGCAGCUAUUGUGCGCAGAGCUGGAACUUUGCUCGAGACCCUGAAAGAAACCUCAGAUUCGGCGGUACCGGAAAGGGUGGACAAGAACGAAAAAGAAAUAACAAAAGCUGCCUCUCUAGUUGCAAGGGAAAUGGCCCCCAUGUUUCGACCUGACGGGCUAAUCCUGAAGGUGAUGACCACACCUCUUCAGAGCGGGUCCAGUAUCGAAGGGGCGACGGACACGUCACCAGCCGUUACAACCAAACGGCCUGAUGUAGGCAGCCCGAUCCGUACCCCGUGUUUGGCGGCGGCGGCGGCUGUGCGGCUGAGCGCCGCAUACUUCUCCCUUUACGGGAAAACCCGCAUUCGCGAGGAACAAGAUCUGGUGCGCCUCGAAGCUUUUGUGGACCCGCUCUUUUCACGUUUCCGCAAAGAAUGUGAGGCCUUGCUUGGACAAUAUCAGCCUGAAGGUAGCCACGAGGCCCCGCCGAGCGAGCGAGGGCGUCAAGCUGGGUGCGCGGCGCGGGAUGAGCCGAAGACAGAGCAGGAGGGCACCGCCGCGAGGCGGCGGGGCCGUGUUAUUCUUUGUCGCCUACAUCUCGAAGCGCUGGUCGAGCUCGUAGCAGUGCAGGACCCCGCGGUUCGGAAGCGGCUCGACGACUGCCGCGUGUCACCGUUCUUGGUAGAACGCGUCCUUGGAGUGGGUGGCGACGCGGCAGGCACCACAAAGGAAUCUCCUAGACCCGUCCACGGGUCAGUGGAGAAUUUAUCGUGCUGUGACGCAACAGUGACGUCGCGAAGUUCCCUGUCAUGCAGCCCGUCCGCCGAGCAUGUGUCUUCCGUAACCGGGUCAGGCAUCACCUCUCCGACCCAUCAAGUCGCGAAAAAAGACACCGCGGAAACUUGUGGCGCCAGCUCCAGCAGCGGCGGUCGUUUCCAUGACCUCAAGUGGGCUCGUGCUCGGCCCAACAGCACCGUCGCGGAGAAUGCUACGACUUCCUUGUCGGUGGGGGAUAGGGUCGACGGCCUCGUGUCCGUGAAACGCGGGAGGCCGAGGUGGUUUCCGGGACGGGUCGCGGGCAUAAACGGGGAUGAUGGCACCGUGCACGUCUGCUUCGACGAUGGCGACGAAGAGACAAGAAAGAAUACUGCAGAAUUGCGCCUUAGCCGGAAAAGGGACACCGAGAGGGUCAAGGUUCGAUCGCGUUCGACACUCCCAAGGCCCGCGGGAGGGGGGACUGCCGCUAGUGCCACGCAGAAAGGUGGACACCGAAUACCUCCGCCUGCCACCCAAACCAAGCGGUCUGACGCCGUAGCGGGAAAAGAGUGUUCGUCACACGGUAAUCGAAACGCACACGUUGAAAGUGAAACCCGCAGAAGUGCAAGGGCGGGCGGGGAUGCCACCGUGGUCACCAUGUCUGAGGGGGGUGCCGACGUUCCUGCGACAGCGAUCGCUGCUGAAGACGGCGGCAUUGGUGCUGCCGAGGUCGACAGCGAAGACGACGACGCGUACUUCGUGAUACCAAGCGUGUUGGACGACGCGAGUGCGGUCAAUAACAACGGACGCCCGUCCGUCGCUGCCGAUUCCGCCUCUUCGAUGUCCGUGGUGCCCAGGAUAGACCUUCAGUCUCCAGUGUUUCGGACGAGGGUUUCUUCGUCACAGCUCGGUCCCGGCUCGUCGCUAUCAACCCCUACAACGGGGGGGGCGCGCAUUCUAGACACGGUUUGGGGCGCGGCAGGUUCACGCUCCGACGCGUCGCUGUCCACAGCGGUGUUCCCGAGCGGGCGGAGUUCGCGAGUUCUACGCCCGCCCUUGUUCACCGACCGGUCUUCCGCUAUCGGCGGCGGCGGCUCGUCGUCGCGAGGUUUCAGCAUGGUACGCAGAGCUUCCGUGCUAACCGACAUCCACCCCCCGAUGGCGGACACCACUGUCAGAGUCACGGAACGUGAGAUCACGGGGCUGCUCAGAAGCGACGGAGAAUCGUCGUCAGAUGAAGAAGAAGGGGGAUGGGAGGAGGAAGAGGAGCAGGAAAAAGGAAUUCCAUUGCCGGAGGCGGGAAAAUCGGGCUCGCCACGACAGCUUCCCCAAUGCAGUAGACCUAAAGUCGAAACGGGCAAUGAGCGCGACGCGGGGGCAGGGGGCCACCCACGAGGGGCGAAGAGAGUGUCGGAAGAGAAAGCAGUGCGGCUGCGAGACGACGACGAAAACAAUGAGGUCUUCCCGCGAGUCAACUACGAUAGUGAUUUGAGCGUCAUGCAACGCUAUGCCGUCGAACUUCUUCUGUGCAUGGCCACGGGGCCGAGCGGUCACGGCAAUUUGCCAGCGUGGGAGCACAUCUUUCUGCCAACGUCGGUCGGGGGAUCGGUGGAGAUUGCUUCGCUGAGAGCAUUCUUCGACAGCGUUCGAAACGCCCACAUCGUUCCGAGCUUGAGGUCGCAGUGGCACCCAGAGGUGGCGGUGUUAGGGAAGCUUGUCUGCAUUGCGCUGUUCGACGCCCAGAGCUACUCUCUCGACGGGGAUCACAUCGGGGCAGGGAGGUUUGGCGCGGUCAUCGUAUCUGAGUGUCCUCUUCCGCUUGGUGGAUGUCGGCAUCAUUUGGCGUCAGCACAAGCGCCCUCCACACCUUCCUCUGCCGGAAAGGAAGAUGGACUGGAAUCACCAACAAGGCUGACGGAGUCCUCGUUGAGCGUCCCGCCGCGACGGUCGACGAGCGGCCGCGAACAGGGCGAGGUUGCUUUGAAGGUGAUAGGAAGGGACGACUUGGACGACGCUGUGGGCCAGAACGUUUUCUUGGAGGCCCUUGCGCUUCGCGCUCUCGCCGACGUCCCCGGCGUGUGCCGCCUCUACGACUUCGGCGUUACACCCACGUCAUAUGUCUUGGUCCUAGAAAGGUGCGCUUGCAGCCUGAACGACUGGCGGUCCGGGCGCAGCGACAACGACGAAGACGAUCUAAGCAUGUCUAUGAGUGCUCCUCGUUCCGACGCAGAGGUAGUCCUGUACCUCGCCGUUUUCCGACAAAUCGUCACCGCCGUGGGUGCGAUGGCGGCGAGGGGUGUCAUCCAUUUUGACCUUAAGUGCGACAAUGUCCUCGUUCGCGGCGGGAGCAGCAAGGUUGAGUACCACGAGUGCCUUGCCUCUUCGCCAACAGCGGCAGGAAUCAGAACCGUCUUGGCGAUGGAACAUGAAGUAGUGCCGUCCGUCUGCGUGACCGACUUCGGGGAGGCGAUCGUCGGGCGGCGGCGGAGGUGCCCGCCAAAGGCAACCGACGCCCUCCCUGCGACUGCAAGGCCAGACCCGGACUCGGCCACAAAUGAUGAUGAAUUCUACUUUGACGUGCGUGGUUCACGUGGGACCGAGCGUAUCCAGAGUCCGGAGAUGGUUCUCCUGUCGAGAAGCGGUGGCGGCACUGGUGGUAGUGGACCUUCAAGCGAGGACCCCGCUGUGGGUGCCGAGCGAGGAGAGUCGGCUAGGGGGAUCACCACCGCAUCGGACGUUUGGUCGCUUGGGUGCCUACUGUACGAGCUGCUCUGCAAGCAGCCCCUGUUCAGAGACCUGCAGUGGUCUGAGUUUUUCGUGACCCUGACGGCGGGCGAAGUGGUUGGCGGAUCUGGCAACGGGACGGUUCCUGUGGCUGAGGGUGCUUCGGUACCCCCGUUGCCACCACCGCUGAGCCUGCGCCCGUUCGCCGCUCUCGGCUGCGCCAAGGCGGUGAAGACUCUCCUAGAGGCGAUGUUGGUGCGAAACCCCGCCAAGCGACCGAGUGCUCUCCGAGUGGUGAGCGCUGUUGACGAAGCGAUGACGGCCGUCGUGUCCAGCCUCCCCGUCGGGAGCGAGAAACAUCCACCGACGACCAUAAUCCGACCAAGAACCGAGAAUCAGUCGGACACUUCUGUGGGUUCGCCCGAUGCCAACACACACAGCAUGCCGCGUGGACAAGGAGACUCACCCGGCUGGGAAAACUCGCAGGUCGAACAUCAGAGGGAGGUCGUAGCACACAGCGGAAGGGGGUUCGGAGGACAGGCGACGACAGAAGCGGCGGGAGGACGGGCACCGUUCCACCCGUCCACGACCGUCGGUGCGCUCCGGAGCUUCGCCGCAAAACAGCAGCCCUGCGUUCUAGGGUGUGACGGAUGCUUGCACCGGUUGGGGACCGGCGCGUUCCUCCUGGCCCUUAACGGUCCAACCGACGGCGGCGGCGGCGGCGACUGCAUCAGAGGUAAGGGCGAGGAUCUAGCAGCUUGUCCGGCGCGGCAGCAGCUAGGCUCGCAAAUCACUGUGUGCUGCAACACCGCAGUUUGGCGAGAUUUUUGCGUGGGAACGGCAGCGGGGGGGACGUCGGCCUUAACGGCAGACGAGAUGGCUCCCCUGGGGAUCGUUCUUCCGUCCCUCGGCAUCAGCCACGUCGUGUGCGUCAACACCACCUACGGCAACCCGGCCACGUCUACGCAGAAGCUGUCAGACUCCCGAACGCCGGGAAAAAAAUCUCGAGUUCUGAGUGUCUCCGUCCGCACGGAGAAGGCCCAAAGUCAGGAGGAAAACGGCGGGGCUUCGCCCUCCUCGAGUGCGGCGAGAUUGGUUCGGGACGUGGCGGAGUUUGCAACCGGGCCGAGGGUGCUUUUUGCCGGCGUAGGCGGCGGGUGCGGCGGCGAGGCAGGUGCCGUCGCAAUGGCGUGGGCGAUGCAGCGCACCGGAAAGGGGGCCUACGAGACCAUGCUAGACUUUAGGCAGGCAUGUGCGGAGUUUUGGGUCGAUACGGCCACGCUCAAGUCUGUAGUAGGAUAG